AACAGCGACCCCAACCCCGAAACCCACUGCGACGCCGACCCCGAAGCCGACCUCCACUCCCACGGCGACGUCGACAGCAACCCCAACCCCAAAACCCACCGCAACGCCGACGUCGACGCCGACGCCAACUCCAACCCCCAAAACCACCGCAACACCGACGCCGUCCCCCAAGUAGUGAAUAUUGCACACUAUUGA